AUGAAAAGCAGAAAGAGGCCCUUAUCGCGAGCGUCUACGACAAGUGUUCAUAGUGGGGUCACUCAACCGAUUCUUGAUCAACAAACCGCGGACGGAACGGCGGAUUAUCAUAAGCAAUGGUACGACCCAAGCGCUCUUGCGCAACAGAGGUUCGCCGAUAUAACACAUCAAAUGACGCCCGAGGAUAUGGUGAUUCAAUCUGCGUCACAGCUCCAGAACCCCCGCGACUACGAUAUUGAUCCGGCGCUUGGAGAUGCUGCGAGCCACGAUCUAAUGUAUCCCAGCCAGACCCAUUUCAAGCCGGAAAUUGGGCGCCAAUCUAUGCCUGCGGAAAGCUUUAAUAUGAGUUAUAAUGAAGGCGAUAGUCAAUUGCUUGAGGGUCGGAGCGAUGAGCAAGAUGAUGUGGACUCGCUAGCCGGAGCCGGUGGGCCAGCAAAGAAAGCCUCCAAGUCGAGCGCGGCCAACGAACUGGAAAUGAGACAGCUUUUUCAGACCAACAAGCAUCGUACUUUACCAGAAGUAGCUUGUGAACUGCAUGGAAAUGAGAGAGGUCCCCAGUCCGAAAGACAGCGACAAGUGUUUGCUAUGCUCUGGAUUAGCCAAGUUUGCGACAAAGGUAAAGGUUCCGUCCCUAGGGGCAGGGUAUAUUCAAACUACGUGUCGAGGUGCGCCACCGAGCGGGUCACAGUGCUGAAUCCUGCAUCUUUUGGCAAGCUCGUACGUGUACUUUUCCCGGGACUUAAAACUCGACGACUUGGGGUCCGAGGCGAGUCGAAAUAUCACUAUGUAAACUUCAGCCUCAAGGAGGAUCAGCUGGAAGCGGCCGAACCACAGAACAACCAACCAGUCCAGAGCUUCAGUGAGCAACAAAACUUCUCUCAAAGCUUCAGCCAUAGCAUGCCAUCUCAACCUCAAUACCCUCUAGAUAGAGCAAAGUUUCCGUCCCCUGAAGUUCCCCAGGCACCCGAGCAAAGACCGCAACGCUCUGAAGGGUUUGUUCGCCCACACAGUUUGUACAACCACCCAAAUAUCCCUGGAAUAUCACAACUUGAAUCGACAAAUAGCAAGAUCCCCCAGCGUCUUCAAUUCGCGCCUCAUGGUCAACAAGCGUCAACCCAGGAACCAGGAGCCCUGACCCUUCCCAAGAUCGAGCCGUUUAUACCAGUUGGGACAGAUCCAGAUGCUGCAAGUGCCCUAACCGCCCUGUAUCGUUCGCACUGUACUUCCCUGGUUGAGUGUAUACGAUUCUGCAGGGAAAAGACGUUCUUCCAUCUAUUUACCUCUUUUCAUGGCACUUUGACCAUGCCAGUUCAGAAGCUAUUUGCUAAUCCCAGCCUCGCCCCCUGGAUUGAAGAAUGCGACUUUGUCACGUACCAAAAAAUGAUGCGCGUUGUGGCACCAUUAACACUUCAGGUAGCCCCAAAGCCCGUCUUAGAUACUUUGCGAAGUAUCUCGGAACGACUAGUUCCUCAUAUCCAGAAUUCUUUCCACGGCGACCCUAUCCAUGUAAUUAAUGCAAAAGUCGCGCCGGCGACCUUAUUCGCGGGGCUGUUGGACCGCGAAUUGAGGGUGAAUUUGACCGCCCAUGCGGCCGCCAAUAUGCUGUCCAAUCCGGCCAAUCGAGAUCAAAUGUACGAGGACUGGAUUACCAUGGUGCACACUCGAAAAGUGGCAGAAUGCGUACCGACGCGAGGCAUGGACGACGUAGUAAAUCUGCUCCUCACCGAGCUCCGCGAUCUCCUCGACCCAGUCGCGGUGUCCUGGGAAGUAGAAGGCUUGACUCCAUAUGGGGAAAUGGCACUACGUACCGGCCGGCAGCAGCAAUCCAGCAUUCACACCGACUCCUCCACCGAAAAUGUGCUUGACCGUUGGGUCAGCUUUCUCGCCUCCUUGCCCGGCAAAUUUCCCUACGCAACUCACGCCGAAAUUGUCUGGUGUGUCCAGAGCAUUGGCACAGCUGUCAUGAGAGACCUCACUAUCUCGCAAGGAAAGAGCUUUGGUGCCUGGUGGGUUACAAAGUGUUGGAUAGACGAGAUGAUUGCUUUCUUAGCAGAGCAAGGGGGGUUCAUGGAAUACAAGACCACUCACACCGCCCAUAAAACCCAGAAAAACCAAGGCGGCCGAAGCCGCGCAACUAGCCAUCAGGGAAGCCGGAUGAGCAGUGGGAGUGAUGAGCUCGUCAGGCAGCCUAGCCUUGUUGGCACCGACGUAUCUGCUCCGCAACCGAUGGAUAUUACCAGCCAAGCUGCCAUGAAUGCUGCAGCGGGCCACGAUGACAGCGGAAUUGGAAUGCGAACACCCGACGAGGAUUUCCCUAUGGGCAAGUUUGAGUUUGGCCGAAGCGAGCCACAUCCUUCGAUCGAAUCCACCGAGCUAGGUCAUCAUUCGUUACGACGGCCCUCGGCGGCUUGA